AUGAAUUUGCAUCUAUCCGGCCCCAACGAGGGCGUGACAUCCGGCACCAAGGAGGGCGUGACAUCCGGCACCAAGGAGGGCGUGACAUCCGGCCCCAAGGAGGGCGUGACAUCUGGCCCCAAGGAGGGCGUGACAUCCGGCCCCAAGGAGGGCGUGACAUCCGGCCCCAAGGAGGGCGUGACAUCCGGCCCCAACGAGGGCGUGACAUCCGGCACCAAGGAGGGCGUGACAUCCGGCACCAAGGAGGGCGUGACAUCCGGCCCCAAGAAGGGCGUGACAUCCGGCCCCAAGGAGGGCGUGACAUCCGGCCCCAACGAGGGCGUGACAUCCGGCCCCAAGGAGGGCGUGACAUCCGGCCCCAAGGAGGGCGUGACAUCCGGCCCCAAGGAGGGCGUGACAUCCGGCCCCAAGGAGGGCGUGACAUCCGGACAUCCCCCAAGGAGGGCGUGA